AUUUAUGUAGUUACUUUAAAUAAUUUGAUGUAAUAAUCCUUCACUCCUGUUUACAGCGCAUACUCCCGCAUUGUAAACGGUCAAAAUAUGCUAUGUUACUAUUAAAUAUCUGUUGUCUGGUAACACUUAGCUAAGCAGUCUCAAGUUCCUGGACGCAUACCAGGUCCCACUUUUGAGCUAAAAAAAAUAUCAGGGCCUUUCACUAUGUGGGAAUUUCCCCUUCUGUUUAAAAACACAGCAAACGCUUCCCCCAUUGCCACCAGUUUCCUUAAAAAAUGCCUCUCGGACACAAGUAUAAUGUGUAGUACAGGGAAACAUGUUUGGUAAGUGACGGGGGUGACAGAUGGAGGGAAAAGGCCCAUAUCGCAUCUAUGACCCCGGUGGGAGCGAUUGCCAGGUGAAAGACGAGGCCAGCAGCCUCAGCUACAGACAGCUGCUAGAGGAAAACGCCGUUUUGAGGGAGAGAAUGAAAGGUCUGAAGAGUUUAGGAGACCUGUUAGAGGAGUCUCAGACAGAGGCAGCCAAGCUUCGGAAGAGGGUGGAGGAGCUGGUGAGUGAUAACGAAGCACUGAAGUCGUCCACGACCAGCUUUGCCUCCAGUCUUUGCAUGGGCACCCCUGUUCAGACAGACACACAAGGUCAUGGAAAACAUCACGCUUAUCCUACAACAGAAAGACAAGAAUCUCUGGAUUGUUUAACUGGAAAUACUUUACAACCAGAGGCAACUGAAAGUUCAUCUGAGUUUGAGGUGGUGAAUAUGGAAGAGAAGACGGCCUCGGAAACCCAGACGGCUGGAGUGAUUCACCUGCCACAGGAGAACAUGGAGCUGGCAAGUCAACUCCGGCGACUGGAGAGUUCUUUUAGUGUAUUUGCUGAAGAGUCCAAUCCCAACCAGCUGCUGUCUCACCUGGGCCGCAUGGCUGUGGAAUUCCACCACUUAUCAUCCAAGGUCCAGAAGAACGAACAGAGAACAUCUCUCCUACAGACACUCUGCGAACAGCUAAGACAAGAAAACAAUGAGCUCAGGAAAAAAAUGGAGGAGGACCUCCAGUAUCGUAACAUUGAUUUUGAACAGCUGAGGCAGGAGAACUUGAAACUGAAGGAGCAGGUCAGCGGAGGAGCCCAAGCAGCACCUAUUGAGCAACCGAGCCCAAAGGAGGAGCCAGUGAAAGAAGAGACAACCAAAACUAAGUCUGGUAAAGCUGUGGAAAAAACACCAUCUAAGACUUGCGAUCCGGAGGUGUAUGAGAAAAAGAUCAAGCUUCUGGAGAAACAGAGGAAAGAUGUACUGGAGGUGAACAAACAGUGGGACAUUCAGUGGAAUUCAAUGAAGACACAGUUUGAGCAGAAGAUCACAGACCUACGGCAGCGGCUUGCUGACUCCCAAAAGGCUGUGCUUGAGCUCGAAGCAGAACGUGAACUGAGACAAAGAGAUUACGACAAAAAACUCCUCCUCGCAAAGUCUAAGAUCGACAAUGUACAGGGCGAGAAGGAGUGCCUCACCUCGGAAACAUGUGAGUUGAAACAAAAGGUACGUUACCUGCAAGACCAGUUGCUGCCACUUACUAAACAAAGAGAAUACCAGGAGAAAGAGAUCCAGCGGCUUAAUAGGGCAUUAGAGGAAGCUUUGAACCUCCACUCUCCCUCUUCCACCCAGCCAGGCAUGAACCUGGGAGAAGGUGUGGCCAACUUGAGACAGCAGGAGCUGCACACACAGAUAGCUGUAUUGAAGGAGCAGGUGAAAAUAUUUGAAGAGGAUUUCCGGAAGGAGAGGAGCGACAGAGAGAGGAUGAACGAAGAGAAAGAAGACCUGAGGCGGCAGGUGGAAAGGCUGCAGGGUCAAUUGACCAAUCUGACGAAUCAGCUUCAUCAAGCACAGAAUGAGUGUCAGCGAGAGCGUGCCGAGAGGUGUAAACUAGAGAGACUUCAGAUGCAACAUAAGCAGGAGGGGCAACAGGAAAGGAGGACGUCCGAUCCCACUUCUGGCUCGGCUAAUGGCCCGAUGAGCCCUCCAUACUGUGGCCCGUUUGUACAGGUGGGCCAUCAAGGUCUAGAGGGGUGGCCCAUACACUUCCCGCCCAGGAUGCCUAACAUCAGUACAGCACCUGGCAGGGAUUUCCAGCCUGUCAACCCUGGUUUUCCCUGGCAGUCAUCCUUCCCACAACCACGUGGUUCCAGAGGACAAGCAGACACAGCGAGACCCCCUCCAGAAACUGCAGAAAUGGGAGCAACUGGAUUUGGGAAAAGGGAGCGUCAGAACAUAGACCCCGGAAAGCACUAACCACAUAUUCUCUCUCCUGGAAUGGCUCCCAGCUAGUAGCAUGAUGCAGUUUAUUUUCAGUUGGCAUGGUGUGAACUAUUGUUUCUUUUCCUACUGUGUAUAUAUAUAUAUCUACCACUGAUGAAAAUGUUGUUUAUAUACUUAAGUUUUAUAAUCCUGUUUGUGAAACACUGUUCUGGCAAAUUAAGAGUAUAUACAUUUAUUAUUUUACCUUUUUAUGAUUGUUGAAGUUUAAAUUAUCUGCUUUAUAUAAUUCUAUGCAGGAAUUGAAGUCAGUUAUUUAAUGGAUAGUAUGAUUGAACGUUAUUCUUAUGACAAUCUACCUAUAGAGUUAGAUCUCCACCACUUAAUUUAAUAAUAGCCACCUGAAAACAUCAUAUUUAGUGAUUCCCUGACACGUGUUGGUAUUGAUUGAGACUGACAAAAACAUUUGUAUGUGCAAUUAGAGAAAAUGUGUAUCUAAAAAUUGUAACUCUAUAGGGGAAUUGUCUUGAAAAUAGCUAACAGUAGAAUGUGACCGAACUGAUUCAUGAUUCCUUCACUGGCCGUGAUUGAGAUUGAGUCACAUACUGUUGAACGUCUGCGUGUGUCACCACAGGCUGGCGUUACUCUCUGACUGGUCAUCUGCCCUACUGUUUAUUGAAGCCAUAUACAACACCUGUUAACCUUUUCAUCUAUUAGAUUAUAUUCUGGGAACACUUUAAUAAGUGCUUCACAUGGCUUGUUGAUCUUUCAGAUAUAUGAUUGAAAUUGAAAUGAUAAUUGAUCAUGGAGGGCUUUCAUCUGGACGACAGAAAUAUCACGGUAGUUUUGCUUAAUAUAUUUUAAGAUUCAGUGUUCAAAAACAUUAUUCCCGAUGUGCAAAUGGAAGUGAUAAGUUAUUUAUAUCUAUUGUUUUGACAGCUGAGUGUGGUUUAUUGUCUUAAGUAAUGUUGUCUUUAGUGUAUUGUUUUGUGUCUCCCUUUACAUAUUGUAGCUACUGGAAGACUGUAGGAUGUGAGUUUGUGUGUUUGUGCAUAUGCAUAAUCACAGGAAGUGGGCCAGAAUAAAUAAGUUAAUGCAUCACAUCAGUGCAACCCACUUUCAUUGGUCUAAUUUUUGAUUUGGG